GCAUCACAGGUCGUCUUGUUUGGAUAUACUGCUUCCAAGAUGGAGAAUGUCUGAUCCGAGUGAGUCCGAUCCAGUGACAAGUCCCUAUGACAAUUCGAGCCCCAGACCGCCGUUGGUGUUGGGCAGAGGGUUAUCUGGGCGGCUAUCUUUGACUCCUCCUCCCCCAGGCCGGCUCACCUCCCUGCGUUCUAGAGACCUGACACUGGGCGGAUUCAAAAAGAAAACAUUUGUACCAAAUGUUCAUUCCGUUCGUAAAAGCAAAGAUGAGUUAAAAGAGGAGCUCCAUGCACCAACAAGGAGAGAGAGAAGAGAACGGGAGGACAGACAAAGGGACAGUAAGACAAGGAGAAGAGAGAGGCCUCAGACAAUCCAGUCACACUCCAUUUUUGAGCAGGGUCCUGCUGAUACUAUUAGAAAAAUCGGUGGUUGGGGUGGUGCAAACCUGACUGACUGUGAAUCCUCACCUGUCACAAAAUGUAUUAAGAAGGAGAAGAAUGUGACAGAGGAUGCUGACAAUGAAAUUUUACAAAAGCUCCAACGUGAUGAUUUUUUAGAUGACCCUGGCUUGAAGAAUGAUGACAAACUCAGACCAAUUCAGCUACCAUUACAUCAGUCAAGUAACUUUUUGGCUACAGAGACAAGUACUUUGGUGAAAGAGGAGACAACUGAUUACACACGUUGGAAAUCAAAAAGAGCACACUCCCAUAAAUACCAGCCGCAAACAAGCAACGCUUCAACCCCUGAACACCCAACUGUUGGAGAACUUUUCCAGCAGCUCACUGUAUCAGACAAGGAAGAAUUAUUUUUCAUGCAGCUUCCUGAUACCAUACCAGCCCGGCCCAAAACAAUAAACUCUGAGAAGCCAGCGAAGAAAGAGAGCAAGUCUGAAGACAAGCGUACAGCUCAAAUUAAAACACAAGAUGCAGUUGGCAAAGAAAGCAGAGCUGUGCUUUCAGACUUCUCAGAAGGACUUAUAGGGAAACUACAGAUCAGAAAAUCUGGCAAAGUUCAGCUUGUCUUGGGAGGUAUAACCCUGGAUGUUUCAGAGGGAGCAGCCUUCUCUUUUCUUCAGCAACUUGUGUCUGUUCGGCUUUCUGAGGGUAUGCCUGGAGACCUUUGUGUCCUUGGGAACAUCAGACACAAGCUGGUCUGCUCUCCAGACUUUGAAGCCUUGCUGAAGGAGGUCAAAUCUUCAUCAAACACAAACUCAGGACAGUCCUGA